AUGAAGCAUCAAAUAUCAGUCCCACCGAGCAGUAAUCUUCACUUUUGUCAAAUAUCAAAAUCAGUGAGCAACUCACAUAUAGCUAACGAGCAUCAGAUUGCGAGGUCGAUAAGAGCGCUGCACACUGGGGAGAAGAGCGCUGCUCUUUGGGGACUUUCAUCGAGCAGUGGCAGAGGGAAAGAAAAAAAACAGAGGGAGAAGAGAUGGAGAGCAAAGGGUAGAGAGCAAGGGCAGAAGGGGAGAGAGACGGAGUAA